UAAGCGCCAAACAAACGCCACAACCGAAACACUAAACAUUUGAAGAGCUUAAAUAGAAAUACAUUUGCGCCAGAGAGUUUAGACGAGAAAGAUCGACGGACACCAAGAACUUCAGCUAAACAGGGGAACCACUUGCGGCUUGAUUUGAAGAAUAACAAGAUGAUUUACCGAUYUACCGUGGCUGCCCAAUGAAAUACUAAGAUAAGUGCUCAAUAUCAAUUGAUAAGGAUAAUAAAUUGACUCCGGCAGUGAGUUGGCAGUAAGCUUAUCAUCCCUCACGCGAAGAUUACCAGAAAACGAAGAGACUAGUCGCUCUUAAGAUGUCGAACACAACAGAGGAUUUCAAUCUUUCUCUUCCAUACGCGCUUUCUUUGACAGUUGUGAACUUUUUAUCGAGUAUUGUUGGUGCAACUGGGAAUACCCUGGUGUUGAUAAUCAUAAUGAAGUCUAGAACACUUAACGGUGCAACGGACUACCUUAUUAUGUCUCUUGCAAUUGCUGAUCUUCUYGUAACAUCAACCACACAACCUUUGUUUAUGUACCAUAUAAACUAUUACAACAAAACUGAUGGGACGACAUUCGAUGUUAUCUUAGAUAUAACUGGUUAUGUAUCGAAUCUUGCUUCGAUAGCGUCGAUGUUGGUGGUCACCUUUGAUAGACUGGUAGCAAUUCGUUUUCCACUUCGAUACAAGAGUAUUUUAUCCAGAAAGAAAGUKUUUGUCGUAAUCCUAGCAGUUUGGYUUUGUUCAACAUUGUUUGGUAUUUUCUUCAGGGUUUGUUCUCUACCAGAMGGUUUACUUUGGGGAAUUUCCUCUUUGCUGUUGUUAGGAACUUUAUCUUCGUAUCCUUAUAUAUUUUACGUCGCUAACAAGCAAGAAAACCUCUCCAGGAAUGUAAUCCAACGAAUAGCAGCAUCUUCCAUCAAUCCUUCUGAAAACCCUUCACCCGAAAGAACGAAUCGAUUCCGAAUAUUCGCCGAAAAAAAAUCAGCCAAAACAGUAGCGAUAGUUGUAGGAGUUUUCGCACUAUGUUGGGUACCUAUCUUAGUUUAUACUCUCGUCAAGAUGAAGACCUCUUCAAACCGAAAUGACUUUUUGCCUGGAUUUUUCGUAGUGUAUACUAUGUCUUUGUGCAAUUCGGCAUGCAAUCCUUUUAUCUACUGUAUCAGAAACCAACGAUAUCGCACAAUCCUCAAACAAAUAUUCAGAAGAAAUAUUUCAGUGACUUCAGUCGCUACUAGAACUACAGGGCUACAAAUAUAAAGGAAAAAAUAUAUAAUAAUAAUAAUAAUAAUAAUAAUAAUAACUUUAUUAAUGUCUCGAAUUUCUUCUAACCGGGCACAAGCGCCCUAAUAAUCGGGGAGACAAUUAUGAACAUUUUAACCAGCCCUUUUGAGAGCAUUAUCAAGUAGAAUACCUCCCUUGUGUAUAUAGACGAGUUUGUCCAUAAGAAGCUACCAUGGAAUCUCAUAAGCAUGAUAAAA